UAAGAGUCGUAAGAAAGAUUGAGGUUACUGGGAACUCACAUAACCGUGACAUCGGGAUCUCAUGUGAGCGCAUCCCAGGAAAAGGGUAGUCGCACAGGACGCAUUAUACAGAAGGAACGGUAUUCGGGAGUAGUAAUCCGUUGGUCGUUCUAAUUUCGGUACAAAGGCGCGAAGGACCGUUGAAAGGAACGCAGAUUCGUUUCUCUCGCGGGCAAAUCGUGCCAAUAUGACUCUACUCACGUUGUUCGUAUCGUAAGGCUUCGUACUGUGCGACGAUGAUCGUCUUGAAGAUAAAUUCCCGCUACUUUUAGCCAUCUUUGCUGCCGUUUCUCCUUCUUUUAUGGAUCCAGCAGCACAAGUACUGAUGAUUUCGACUGUCGCAUCCCAAAAAUUGUCACUGAACCACUACCUCGGAGACUGCGAGCCACGAGCGAAAAUAUGGCCGCUCCAAAGACCGCCACCAGGGCGCCAGAGAUUUCUCACAAAUACGCGCUCCGUGUGCCUGCCCACGUGACGCAAUACUUAUGCGUCGUCCGUCGAUCACGACAAAAACCUUUUAUGCGAAAGUAUAGAGGGAUGUUACUUUUUGAAAAAAUCAUUAGUUACACUUAUUCAUUUUCUUUUUUUCACACCAUAACAAAGAUAUUCAUCGAUUUUAGAUGAUUAUUGUUUUACUACGAUAAUAAUUGAAUAUAUUAUAAUUCAUAAUUGAAAUUAAAUUGCAAAAUUAUGUUAUAUAAAAAUUCCAGUCUUAUGUUCAAUAAUCGAAAAUAAUCGAAAAUUUUAAUAACCAAUCAUAUUUGAUUACUCUUCUAGUUGAUAUCGUCGAUAUCUCGAAGCAGUCAAAAUUUUCAUGUUUUCCUAUUUUUCUUAUAAAAUAUUCAUGUUUAAUAAUUAUUUACAAUGUUUUCUUAUGCUGCUUGUAAAAUAUUCAUGUUUUAUAAUUAUUUUAUCUAUGAAAACAAUGAUUCUUUUCACAAAAAAAGUAUAACAAACUGCAUUUUAAAAUUUAACCAUAGUUCCUAUUAUAACGUAACAAUGUACUUUAUCCGUGCUAACAGCGUGCUCUAGUGGUCGUUUCCAGUUACUUACUGCAUUUUAAAUCGUAAGGGAACGUAAGAUGUAAAAUAAGUUCUGUCCAAUUGAUAUGACAUUGUAAAAAAAAAAUAUAUUAAGUAUCAAGUUGUAUCAAACAAAGGAUUUUUUUCAUGAUAAUGACAACUAUAUUAAUUAUAACGAAACAAAUGAAUUAUUACCUACACAUUUCACAUAUUCAUAAUAUUUAAAAGCUUACUUCAACAUUUCAUAAUUCUAUAAACAUACGAUAAAAACAAAAUUUGUAAAUAUGAAAGAACACAAGUCUUUAAACCGUAGUGGUAAUAUAUUCUAGGACAAUAUUCCAUGAAAUUUAUCAAAAGAGAGUUUUCUUCGGAAAAAAUAAUUAAUAUAUGAUGUAGAAAGUAAACAGAAACCUGAAAAGAAAAGAGAGACGUUUAUUAAAUUACCAAAGAUGAAACCUUCGAAUAAGCGAAAUUUAUAAUUCGUAAAUCAAUGAUCCAUUAAUUAUUAUUUAUUAUUGAUUAUCCAAUUCGAUUUAGAGGGAAAGGCGAUAAUAAUUUUAUUUCAUGACAUAAAGAUCGUUCGUCUUUUUUCUCCAUAAACACGAAUAACAUGAAUAGCACGAAUCAGUUUCACUUUCUCUAUACGAUCAGAAUUUAGAGGCUGUGAAUUGCGCAUCCGAUUGGUUUCACUUUAUGAAAUAAACAGCAAGUAUUAUAAACAUUCAACAACGGAUUUGAGGUCGCGCAUAUGAUCGUCUGGCUAUGAUCAAGAUUGAAACAAACAGGGAAGGAAGGAUUUGACACAUGGGUGGUUUGCCGUCGAGCCACUUUGAUGAACUUUCUUCGUCCGCUUCUUCGACUCGUGACCAACCAAGUAUAGCGAAACGCAAUUACGCAUAGAAAAAGUGGUACAGCGAUAAAUCAAACGGUUUAAUUCAUGCAAAUAGAAAAAUAUAACGAUCGAAUAUCGCAAUGAAUGCGAUCGAAUCAGUAUUUGUCAUUUUCUGUUUUAUCUUCAAAUGGACAUUGACAGGAUUGUAUUUUUAAAAAUCAGACCCCGAUAAAUGGUUAUUAAUCAAAUAACAGCAGAACUGAUUUAUAUUAUAUUUAAAAAAUAAACAUAUUUAAUAUUUACUUAUAGUAAAAUUCUUAUCAUUUCUGCUCGCUUUCUUAGCAAUCAAAGUAGUUUGAAUAAUCAGAGCAUACGGCUGAUAUCUUUGAACUUGCAGAUUGUAAUGAGUGAAACUGAUAAUUUCCUUUCCUUAAUGAGAAUUCAUUACCAAAAUGAUUAUCUUCGCUGGUUAAACUUCUUUUUUUUUAAUUAAAAUCAUAUUUGCACGUAAAAUAAAGUAUAUAUUUUUACUAAUUCAUUGUAUUUAGCUUUUGACAUAUAAAAAUUCUUUUUUAAAUAAAAGUUUGUACAAUCGCAUAUAGAAUCGGUUAAAUUUCGAUUGAUUUCGAAUGACCAUCGGUAGAAACAUAUAUACGAUGAAGAAGCAAUUUGUUCCGGUCACUUUGAUAGACAAAGAGUGGCGAAAAAACGGGGAUACUGUAUAGCAACUUUCGUGGCAAGAGCGAUAUUCAUUCCUUGCGAACUCGCAGUCUGCAUUCGUUCAGCACGAUCGCGGUGUGCUUUCAGACGCGCUCACUUUCUUCGAGUUCCUCCGCAGGAUCUCUCCUCAAACGAUUACGAGUAUUAUCUCUGCCUCUUUUCUCUCAUCAAAUUUUAAUCGUUUCUUUAAUGCCUCUGCUUUAGAUCGCAAAGAAUUAAUAAAAUUGUCGAAGAUGUUUUUCGAGUGCAUAUUACAAUGAAAACAAAAGUAACGAUAACAACGGCGAAAAUAAGACAACAAUAACGAUAUGUAACGACGAAUCUGUAUUUAUUUCUAAUCGAUUGAAAGAAUCGUUAAACAAUUUCACGUGCAACGGACAUGAAUUAUUUGCGCUGUGGAUUCGUAGCGAUUCUUCUUUUCCUUCUCGCGAUGGUCGAUUGCACCAUGAUGAAAAUCAUUCGAGACGAUCAUUUAACAGCAUCUCAUAGGCAACCACGAUCCACAACUUCUGAGAAGAAUAAAGUAACAUCCACGACAUCGAUGACAUCCAAUCGACAAACGGCUGUUUCUACCACUAUCUCUACGACGGGACGAAUCUUUAAUGGAAAACCCAGUAGAAGAGGAUCUUGGCCAUGGCAAGUCUCUCUGCAGCUACUACAUCCAAAAUUAGGUUUUAUCGGUCAUUGGUGCGGUGGAGUUCUCAUCGAUCCUAAAUGGGUCAUUACGGCGGCACACUGUAUCCACAAGUUAGCAUCCUACUCGAAUAAUCUGAGCAUUUCAAAAAGUAUAAAAAAAAGUGAUGUCAUCAAUCUUUUUGUUCUUAGCGAUCUCUUUAAUCUUCCAAUCGGUGCCUUAUGGACGGUUGUGGUCGGAGAAAGAGAAUUAGAUUCCGGUAGUCGUGGAUCAGCUAGAUUACCCGUUGAACAAGUGAUACUUCAUGAGAGAUUUAAUAAUUAUGUUCACGAUAUCGCUUUAAUGAAACUUGCUAGACCAGCGCCUCUUUCCAAAGUAGUGAAGACGAUAUGUCUUCCAGACGCGGAGGAAAAACUCGCGGACAGCAAUUGCGUAGCAUCCGGUUGGGGUCGUUAUGGACCUUCACCAUCUCUCUCGACUGCACUCCUCGAGGCUUCGGUGCCAUUGUUAAAUCUCGAAGAGUGCUUACACGCUUACGGAAAAUCCGUUCCUAUUGUUAAUGGCCACUUGUGUGCUGGACACAUUGAUGGCUCUUCGGGAAGUUGUGUUGGAGAUUCUGGAGGCCCCCUACAAUGCCGUCGUUCAGACGGUGUCUGGCAAUUGGCCGGUGUUACUUCUUUUGGUUCUGGAUGUGCUAGACCAGGAUAUCCCGACGUUUACACCAGGAUACAACACUAUUUGAAUUGGAUAAGAAACAUUAUCGACAAUGAUAGCGACAUAUAGAUUAUUAUUCAUCGUGAUUGGAUUAUAUGAAAUUUAUCCCGCGCAAGCCAAAAGUGGAUCACGUGACCCUUACUGAUACGUCAUCGUAGUCGCCUGAAAGACAGAAAGGGACGCCAAGGGUAGAUUGGGAGCGGCGUGAAGAGGGAGGGUACGAACCAGCGACGACGCACGAAUACACUCCACCUCUCGCGUCCAUGGCGAGCGGUACAGUCGGGAGUGAGAGUGUACGUUCUCAAUCAGUAGGACACUUUCAUCGAGCUGAGGAAAGUGAGGGAGACCGUCAUUUCUUCGAGAAAACCUAGGUGGGAAAGAAAAAAAAGUGGUUAGAGACGAUUAGAUGGGGAAAGAGAAGUGAAAGACGAGAAUCGCGAGAAGAGAGUGUUCGGUAGAAAGAAGAAGAGAGGGAGAGAGAGAGCAUGGAGAAAGGGAGAGACAGUGUUGCAGUAACGUCGACUCAUCGUAAAAACAUGUUUCAAUUCCAAAAGAGAUCGUAGCUUGACUCUAUUACUUUCUCUUUCUUCCUUCCCCUUCUCUCCUUUUUUUUCUUUAUUUUCGUCGUCUUUCGAAUACCUAUAGGAUUCGAAUCGAGAUAUAUACGCGA